CUAAUAUUUAUGCCAACUCCCCAUAAAUAUAUUCCUUUCUGUAAAUAAUCACCGCUUUUUCAUUAUUUCUCUCCCUCUCUCUCUCUCUCUCUCUCUCUCUCUCUCUCUCUGUAAUCAGCCAUGAGUCUCUUCGGCCUUGGCAGGAAUCAAAGAACAUUCCGCCCCAAGAAAAGUGCUCCAUCGGGUAGUAAGGGGGCACAACUGAGAAAACAUAUCGAUGCUACUUUAGGUAGUGGGAACUUGAGAGAAGCCGUAAGGCUACCUCCUGGGGAGGAUAUCAAUGAAUGGCUUGCCGUCAACACUGUAGAUUUCUUCAACCAGGUGAAUCUUCUCUAUGGCACCCUCACAGAGUUCUGUACGCCAGAGAACUGCCCUACAAUGUCUGCCGGCCCUAAGUAUGAGUACAGAUGGGCAGAUGGCGUACAAAUUAAGAAACCUAUUGAAGUUUCAGCCCCUAAAUAUGUUGAAUAUUUGAUGGACUGGAUUGAGACCCAGUUGGAUGAUGAGUCCAUAUUUCCCCAAAGGCUUGGCGCACCAUUUCCUUCUAAUUUCAGGGAAGUUGUGAAGACUAUAUUCAAACGUCUAUUCCGUGUAUAUGCACAUAUAUACCAUUCUCAUUUUCAGAAGAUCGUGAGUCUUAAGGAGGAGGCCCACCUAAACACCUGCUUCAAGCAUUUUAUACUGUUUACAUGUGAAUUUUCGUUGAUUGACAAGAAGGAGCUCGCUCCACUUCAAGAGCUCAUAGAAUCCAUCGUCCCUUACUAAACUUGCUUCCAACACUCGCCUAUUGAACUCAUCUUAUGUAGAGAUAAAAAUAAGUGUUUGCUUGAAAUUCCCAGUAACAAUUAGUAUCAGUGUGAUCUGCAGUUACUGUACCAUCUUGUUGUGACAAAAGCUCAGCUGCUGGUGUUCUUGAUACGAUGAAAACGAACCUGUUCAGAUUAUAUCAGUGCCAAGAAAAGUUUGUAUGUAUUUAUGUCUUCAUGUCUUCGACGAUGAGAGGGAGAAUUAGAUUCACUAAUUCGUGGAUAUGUACAUGCAAUUUCACAUGAAUCAGUUCUUUGCAUGUAUUAUUCUCUUAAGAGGAGAAAACUUUGUAUGGUUUUCCUUUCCAGAAUUGUAGUCAUCUCCAGGAAACGGCCAAAUAUGUAUUUAAU